GAUGAUGGUGAUGAUGGUUGUGGAGAUGAUGAUGGAGGAGGAGGAGGUGAUGAUGUCCUCUACAUCAAAGAAGAGGACAUGGAGACAGACUGCGACGAUGAUGAUGAUGACGAUGCUUUGGAGGGCCGCAUUUUGCACGACGGCUCCACCGUGAGGUCCGGGCCGGCCGUGGCCUCCUGGCGAGGGCGAGGAGCCACGCCGGGCGUCGCCGAGAUCGAGGUGGAGGUGGAGAGCGACGACGGCGACGACGGCGCCGCGCUCGGCGGCGGCGGCGGUGGCGGCGGCCUCACGGGACGAGAGAGCGAGGAGGUCUACCGCAGCGAACUCGCCAGGGAGUUUGGCCUCCAGCCUCGCAUGCGGUUGCGGUCGAUGCGGACGAACGCCGGCAAGGGCCGCCGACAGCGGCGGCGGCAGCAGCAGCAGCAGCAGCAGGUCCUGGGCGACCCCUGCGCCUACGGAGCGGACGACGCCGACGGUGACGGCGACGACGCCGGCGACGGUAACGGUGACGCCGAUGACGCCGACGCGUCGGAUCCCCGGCCUCCGCUGAAACCGCAGCACCACCACCACCAGCACCAGCACUCGCACGCCUGCCCCGACUGCGGCAAGGAGUUCGCGACGCCCAAGAGCCUCCGGCGCCACCGCAAGAUCCACAUGGACGUGAAGCCCUACCAGUGCCCGGCGUGCGACAAGGGCUUCGUGCGCCCCUCCACCCUACGCAGCCACAUGUGGAUCCACACGGGCGAGAAGCUCUUCAAGUGCCCCGCGUGCGGCAAGAGCUUCACGCAGUCCUCCUCGCUGCAGUACCACGCGCGGACACACGCCGCCGAGGAGGAGGAGGAGGAGGAGCGGCGGCGGCGGCGUCGGCAGCUCCGCGCCCGCGGCUCCCCCCCGGCGGACGAGGCCGCCUCGGCCGACGACGCCGACGCGCGGGCGGCGGCGGCCGCGGCGGCCAGGCCGUACGCGUGCUUCGUGUGCGGCAAGGGCUUCACCCUCCCCAAGGUCCUCAAGGACCACAUGAUGACGCACACCGGCGAGAAGCCGCACGGCUGCCCCGUGUGCGGCAAGCGCUUCAUCCAGUCGUCGGCGCUGCAGAGGCACGCGUGGACGCACACGGACGAGCGGCCCCACCUGUGCCCCGUGUGCGGCAAGGGCUUCACCGUGCCCAAGUUCCUCAAGGACCACCUGAUGACGCACACGGGCGAGCGCCCCUACGCGUGCUCCUUCUGCGGCAAGGGCUUCAUCAAGCAGCUCAACCUGGUGUGCCACUGGGACUCUGGGACUCCCGGCCCCGCUGCCCUUGUAAGGGCGGCGGGGCCGAGGAAGCCAGAGGUCUAG